AUGAUUCUUCACAAUAAGAUCGCUGUGAUCUAUUCAUUAACAAUUCUCAAUGAUGAUCAAAUGAAUUGGGAUAACGGUGCGACCAAACCCCAACAACCAGCAGGCAAUGCUAAUGAAUACACAGGAGCAGAAUAUUCAUCGCAACAAAGCAAUGAACAAAGAAAUGAAUCUUACCCUCAACAUCAAAUUUCAACAACUGUUACAACAAAUCGACCAUCAAUGAACUCUUAUGGAGGUGGACAAUCGAUAAGUUCUAAUGGAAGCAAUGCCAAUCAAUCAGGAAGCAGUUCAUUUAAAUUAAAACAACAAAGAAAUCACGCAAAUAAUCGUUAUGAUCCGUUGGGUGCUCAAUCGGCAAGUUAUCAAGCACGAAAUGCUUCUCAACUUCAAGGUCAAUGGAAUAAUGGAGUUGCUGCUGCUGUUGCUGCAGCACAAUCUUCAUAUGGAGCAUUUGGUAAUCCAUUUGGUUUACCACAUCAUUAUCCACAACAAGCAGCCGAUAUGUAUGCUGGAUAUUAUGGUACACCACAACAAACUUCAUAUGGACCACCAGGUGCUCAACAUGCUGUUUAUGGUGAAUAUGGACAACCAGUUAUACCACCGGAAUCUCCUAAAGGUGGUCAUGUUGUUUAUGUUUAUGGUAUUGGACAACGAGCUACACAAGAAGAAGUUUAUGCUUUAUUUCAACCAUUUGGACGUGUUCUCCGUGUCGAUAUUAUUAUUGAUUUUAACACUGGUUUAUGCAAAGGAUAUGCAUUUGUCGCCCUGGAACAAUAUCAAGAAGCUCAAAUGGCCGUUCAAAGUUUAAAUGCAACUCCAUUCCAUGGACGACAAUUACAAGUUCGAUUUAAGACAUAA